AUGGUUGAUAAUUUGUUAGCUUAUUUACUUACUAUAAUUUUAGGUGCAAUAAGUUUUUUCAUUUAUAAAACUUUAAUUGAGCCUUUUUAUUUGUCACCAUUACGUAAAAUACCUGGUCCGCCUUCUGAAAGUAUUUUGUUGGGAAAUUUUCCAACUGUUGCAGCUGACAUUGGAAAAGCUCAUUUAGAUUGGAACAAGAAAUAUGGAGGAAUAUCAAUAUAUCGUGGAUUAUUAAAUGAACCAAUUGUACUUUUAACAGAUCCUAAAUAUUAUCCACAAAUAUUGACAAAUAAUGCUUAUGGAUUUUUUAAAACAAUGGAAUUUACUUCGGAUUUAAGAAUUGUAUUAGGAGAUGGGAUUUUGUUUGCUGAAGGUGAUCAACACAAACGUCAAAGGAAAAUGAUGAACCCAGCAUUCUCUUUUACAAACUUGAAAGAAAUGGUUCCUACAAUUAUCAAUGUUACUAAUGAAUUAAAUGAUGUGUUGAAUGAUGUGAUUGGUAAUCAAGAUGAAAAACUAAUUAUUAAUAUUAAUUCAUAUAUAUCAAAAGCUACAUUAGAUAUUAUUGGCUUAGUUGGAUUUCAAUAUGAAUUCAAUUCACUUAGUUCUGAAAAUGAAUUAGCAGCUGCUUAUGAUGAAAUUUUUAAUCCUAAAAUAACAUUCACAAAUUUCUUGUUAAUGGUUUUAUCAGAUAAAUUCAAAUGGAUUAGAUAUUUGCCAUUUGAAGCAAAUAUAAAAUUGAUUAAUUCUGUUAAAGUUAUUGAAAGAAUUUCCUUGCAUAUAAUUAGGGAAAGACAAAAACAAGCACAAUUAAAAAAAUUGGAAGAAAAAGAUUUGUUGUCUUUAUUAAUUAAUAUUAAUCAAGACUUGCCACCAGAAGAAAAAAU